AUGGCUACACAGAAAAUUGAAAAUGGAGCAGGCUGUAGGGUGGGGGAGUUCUCAAAGGUCAAACUAAUCGUAGGCAAAGCCUGGAGUAUGCGCGUAAGACAUGACUCGAAGGCAAAGAUGGAAAAAUAUACCUUACAUCCACUGGAUUGGAACUCUGUGCGACAGCCCGUCCAGAUUGACCUGAGUGGUGCUUCAACGAAAUGA